GGCCGCCAGCAGCCCCAGACUCGCCCUCCCGCCCCUCCCGCGCCACCUCGGCGCCCCGCCCCGGCCGGGGAGGGCAGGACAGAGGGGAGGGCCUGCCAGGUGAGGUCGCCCGGGGCUUCUCACUUCCGCCCAGGUGAGGGAGGGCUGACGCCGAACCUGCCCGCCCGCCAGCUCCGGGCUCCCACCGGCGCCUCCGCUCGAUCAGGUUUCUUUAAAAGUGAUUGAAGACAGUAAUUCAAAAUGCCUGAAAAUCCUGCUACAGAUAAACUGCAGGUCCUGCAAGUUCUUGAUCGCUUGAAAAUGAAAUUGCAGGAGAAGGGUGACACUUCGCAGAAUGAAAAGCUCUGUCUGUUUUAUGAGACACUAAAGAGCCCCCUUUUCAACCAGAUACUGACACUUCAACAGUCCAUCAAGCAACUGAAGGGGCAACUCAGCCAUAUACCCUCAGAUUGUUCAGCCAACUUUGAUUUUUCUAGGAAAGGGUUAUUGGUGUUCACGGAUGGUGCCAUUACUAAUGGGAAUGCCCAUAGGUCCUCUAAUAACUUGACUGUAUCUGGGUUAUUUUCUUGGACUCCAAAGUCAGGAAAUGAAGAUUUUAACUCAGUUGUACAACAGAUGGCCCAGGGCCGACAAAUCGAAUACAUAGAUAUAGAACGGCCCUCAACUGGAGGCCUUGGAUUCAGUGUGGUGGCCCUUAGAGGUCAAAAUCUGGGAGAAGUCAACAUCUUCGUGAAGGAAGUGCAGCCAGGGAGUAUAGUUGGCAGGGAUCAAAGGUUAAGGGAAAAUGAUCAAAUAUUGGCUAUUAAUCACACGCCACUGGAUCAGAACAUUUCCCACCAGCAAGCAAUUGCACUGUUACAAGAAACCACUGGAUCUUUGUGUCUAGUCGUGGCCAGGGAGCCAGUCCACACAAAAAGCAGCAUUUCUACCAGCCUACCUGAUGCAAAUCUGCCUGACACAAUUCGUUGGGGCCAUAUUGAAGAUGUUGAGCUCAUUAAUGAUGGCUCUGGAUUAGGUUUUGGAAUUGUUGGGGGAAAAUCAAGUGGUGUCGUUGUAAGAACUAUAGUUCCUGGAGGAUUAGCAGAUCGAGAUGGAAGACUCAAAACAGGGGAUCACAUCUUGAAGAUUGGUGGCACAAAUGUGCAGGGAAUGACCAGUGAGCAAGUUGCACAAGUGCUGAGGAACUGUGGGAAUUCUGUCAGGAUGCUUGUUGCAAGAGACCCAGUUGGUGAUAUUUCCAUAACCCCUCCUGCUCCUGCAGCCUUGCCUGUUGCUUUGCCUGCUGUGGCCAGCAGGAGCCCUAGUUCUGACAAUUCUACUCUUUUUGAAACUUAUGAUGUUGAACUCAUUAAAAAAGAUGGACAAAGUCUUGGGAUUAGAAUUGUUGGUUAUGUUGGAACAUCUCAGACAGGAGAAGCUUCAGGGAUUUAUGUGAAAAGUAUAAUACCUGGCAGUGCUGCGUAUCACGAUGGUCAGAUUCAGGUGAAUGACCAGAUAGUUGCUGUUGAUGGUGUGAAUAUUCAGGGUUUUGCCAACCAGGAUGUUGUUGAAGUGUUACGAAACGCAGGACAAGUGGUACACCUAACCCUAGUUCGAAGGAAAACAUCCUUGUCUGCUUCUUUACGUGAAGGGCCCUCAGACAGAGGAACUGUGGUAGAACCACCAAAAACACCAGCCCUGUUUCUGACUGGAGCAGUGGAAACGGAAACUAAUUUGGAUGAAGAGGAGAAAACUGAAGAAAGAAUGGAGGAUCUAAAAAAUGACAACAUGCAAACCUUAGAAAAACUGGAAAAAGCCCCAGACUCUCCAGAAAAUGAGCUGAAAUCCAGAUGGGAAAACGUACUGGGCCCUGAUUAUGAAGUAAUGGUUGCCACUUUGGAUACACAGAUUGCUGAUGAUGCUGAAUUACAGAAAUAUUCGAAGCUGCUGCCCAUUCACACUCUGAGGCUUGGCAUGGAAGUGGAUUCCUUUGAUGGGCACCAUUAUAUCUCUUCGAUUGCUCCAGGUGGUCCUCUUGAUACACUGAACCUCCUACAGCCAGAGGAUGAACUUCUUGAGGUCAAUGGCGUGCAGCUCUAUGGGAAAUCUCGCCGAGAAGCAGUCUCCUUUCUUAAAGAAGUGCCACCCCCCUUUACCUUGGUUUGUUGUCGACGGUUGUUUGAUGAUGAAGCCUCUGUAGAUGAACCAAGGACCACUGAAGUCUCCCCUCCUGAAGUGAAGGCUGAACACAGUGUAGAUGUCAAUACCGAAGAAGAUGAUGAUGAUGGGGAAUUAGCACUGUGGUCUUCUGAAGUCAAGAUUGUUGAACUAGUGAAAGAUCAUAAAGGCUUGGGAUUCAGCAUUUUGGAUUACCAGGACCCCUUAGAUCCCACCAGAUCGGUGAUUGUGAUCCGCUCCCUGGUGCCGAAUGGUGUGGCAGAAAGAGGUGGAGAACUGUUACCUGGUGACCGUCUGGUCUCAGUCAACCAGUACUCUUUGGAUAACGUCACACUUGCUGAAGCUGUGGAAGUGUUGAAAGCUGUACCGCCAGGCACUGUGCGCCUUGGCAUCUGUAAACCUUUGGUGGAAGGUGAUAAAGAGGAAGAAAGUCGCAUUUUACUUUCAAGCAAUAAUGAAGACAAGACUGAAAUUUCAGGAACAAUUCAUGAUAUAAAUUCAUCUUUCAUACUUGAAGCACCCCAGGGAUUUAGAGAUGAGCCCUAUUUUAAAGAAGAGCUUGUGGAUGAGCCAUUUCUAGAUUUGGGAAAGGCUUUCCAGUCCCAACAAAAAGAGAUAGACAAUAGCAAGGAGGCCUGGGAAAUGCAUGAAUUCAUGGUCCCUAGGUUGCAGGAGAUGGGUGAAGAAAGAGAAAUGCUUGUUGAUGAAGAAUAUGAGCUCUAUCAAGACCAACUUCAGUCCCUGGAGUCGUAUCCCUCAUCACACAUUCAAGAGGCUGCUCCUGUUCCGUCCAUGGAGGAGGUUCACUUUGGUACACAGUGGUUCCCGGGUCGUGAACUGCCCGAGCCUCAAGAAGCAGGGCACGUGAUGAGCAUGUACCCUCAGGACAUGCAGCAGUGCGGCUGUAGCCCAGGAGAGAUGAUGAAAGAGAACUUUGGCAUCGAUUCCCUCUCCAUACCGUCAACUGAAGGAAACACUCAACAAGGCAGAUUUGAUGAUCUGGAAAAUCUUAAUUCAUUAACAAAGAGUAGUCUGGAUUUAGGCAUGAUGAUUCCAAAUGAUGUGCAGGGUCCUGGCUUGCUUGUUGAACUUCCUGUUGUGGCUCAGAGAAGGGAGCAAGAAGAUUUGCCUCUAUAUCAACUCUCCAGGACUCAAGCUGUUUCCAAGGUUUCAGCAUAUGCAGGAAUGUUGUCUUCUAGAUAUACCACUGAUGCAUGUGAAUUACCUGAGAGAGAAGAAGGUGAAGGAGAAGAAACUCCAAACUUCAGCCAUUGGGGACCACCAAGAAUCGUUGAGAUUUUUAGAGAACCAGAUGUAUCUCUUGGUAUUAGUAUUGUUGGCGGACAAACUGUCAUAAAACGUUUAAAGAAUGGAGAGGAGCUUAAAGGAAUAUUUAUUAAACAAGUUUUGGAAGACAGUCCAGCAGGAAAAACAAAUGCUCUUAAAACUGGGGAUAAAAUACUUGAGGUGUCUGGAGUAGAUUUGCAGAAUGCUUCGCACAGAGAAGCAGUUGAGGCCAUUAAGAAUGCAGGAAACCCUGUGGUGUUCGUCGUUCAGAGCUUGUCAUCGACUCCAAGAGUCAUACCUACUGUGCAUAACAAGGCCAAAAAAGUCACUAAUAACCAGGACCAAGACACCCAAGAAAAAAAAGAAAAGAGGCGAGGAACUGCUCCACCGCCAAUGAAACUGCCACCUCCUUAUAGAGCUCCAUCUGAUGACAGUGAUGAAUCUGAAGAAGAAUGUGCAUUUACCAACAAAAAAAUCAGGCAAAGAUAUGCAGACCUGCCUGGAGAACUCCACAUUAUUGAACUUGAAAAGGAUAAGAAUGGACUUGGACUCAGCCUCGCUGGUAACAAAGACAGGUCACGCAUGAGCAUAUUUGUGGUGGGAAUUAACCCUGAAGGACCUGCUGCCAUGGAUGGACGAAUGCGUAUUGGAGAUGAACUGUUGGAGAUAAACAAUCAGAUUCUAUAUGGAAGAAGUCACCAAAAUGCAUCUGCCAUUAUUAAGACUGCCCCGCCAAAGGUCAAGCUGGUUUUCAUCAGAAAUGAAGAUGCAGUCAAUCAGAUGGCUGUUACUCCCUUUCCAUUACCAUCAAGUUCCCCAAAUUCUAUUGAGGAUCAGAGCGGCACUGAACUGGUUAGUGGUGAGGAAGACGCCAGUCUCGAAGUUGGUCUUAAACAAUCUCCUGACAGUGAAAGCUCCAAACUGGAAGACAUCUCCCAGGUGGUUGGUCAAGGUGUGGUGGCAGGUCAGCAAAAGGCACUGGAAUGUCCAGCUGACAAUACUCCAGGGACAGGCUGGUGCUUCACUGCCUCCACCAGAAUCUUCCAGCUGGGGAUGGGUUCCCUGGCUAACUACAGAUCCAGAAGGCAGGCCGUCAGCCAGAUGAAACAGCAAAAAUACUCAACGAAAAUCUCCUUCAGUUCACAAGAGAUACCUUUAGCACCAACUUCAUAUCAUUCAACAGAUGCAGACUUCACAGGCUAUGGUGGGUUCCAGGCUCCUCUGUCAGUGGACCCCGCCACAUGUCCCAUCAUUCCUGGCCAGGAAAUGAUUAUAGAAAUAUCCAAAGGGCGUUCGGGGCUUGGUCUCAGCAUUGUGGGAGGAAAAGACACACCCUUGGAUGCUAUAGUUAUACAUGAAGUUUAUGAAGAAGGGGCAGCAGCCCGAGAUGGAAGACUCUGGGCUGGUGACCAGAUAUUAGAGGUUAAUGGGAUUGACCUGCGGAGUGCCAGCCACGAAGAAGCCAUCACAGCCCUGAGGCAGACCCCCCAGAAGGUGCGAUUGGUGGUGUACAGAGAUGAAGCGCACUACAGGGACGAGGAGAACUUGGAGAUUUUCCCCGUGGAUCUGCAGAAGAAGGCUGGUCGAGGACUGGGCUUGAGCAUCGUUGGAAAACGAAAUGGAAGUGGAGUGUUUAUUUCUGACAUCGUGAAAGGUGGAGCCGCAGACCUUGAUGGGAGAUUAAUUCAGGGAGAUCAGAUCUUAUCUGUGAAUGGGGAGGACAUGAGAAGUGCUUCCCAGGAGACAGUGGCCACUAUCCUCAAGUGUGCACAGGGGCUUGUGCAGCUAGAGAUUGGAAGACUCCGAGCUGGUUCCUGGGCCUCCUCGAGGAAGACAUCACAGAACAGUCAGGGGAGUCAGCAUAGCACACACAGCAGCUUCCAUCCUUCCCUGGCUCCUGUCAUCACCAGCCUGCAAAACCUGGUUGGCGCAAAACGAGCUUCAGAUCCGUCCCCCCAAAAUUCAGGCACAGAUGUGGGACCAAGGACCGUUGAGAUAAUCAGGGAGCCCAGUGAUGCCCUUGGAAUCAGCAUUGCUGGAGGAAAAGGAAGUCCCUUAGGAGAUAUCCCAAUAUUUAUUGCCAUGAUUCAGGCCAGCGGUGUGGCUGCUCGGACACAGAAGCUUAAAGUUGGAGAUCGGAUUGUCAGCAUUAAUGGGCAACCUUUGGAUGGGCUGUCUCACGCAGAUGUGGUUAAUCUGCUGAAGAACGCCUACGGGCGCAUUAUCCUGCAGGUUGUAGCAGAUACCAAUGUAAGUGCCAUAGCAACUCAGCUUGAGAACUUGUCUACGGGCUACCACAUUGGUUCGCCCACUGCCGAGCAUCAUCUGGAGGACACAGAAACACCUCCACCUAAGAUUAUUACUUUGGAGAAAGGCUCUGAAGGAUUGGGGUUUAGUAUUGUAGGGGGUUUUGGAAGUCCCCAUGGAGACCUGCCAAUUUAUGUCAAGACUAUAUUUGCAAAGGGAGCAGCUGCAGAUGAUGGCCGAUUGAAGCGAGGUGAUCAGAUUUUAGCUGUUAAUGGUGAGACUCUGGAAGGUGUUACACAUGAGGAAGCUGUGGCCAUUCUGAAACGCCAGAGAGGGACUGUAGUCUUAACCGUGCUAUCCUAAGCCUUGGGUCAUGAUCACAAGAUAGAUGUGGUUGUAGAAUAUUCACAGGAAGACAAACUUCUGAGAAAGAAUAAAACCCAGCCUCAACUAAAACCCAUCUCCAUCCUUACCGUCCUGACCUCUCUGCUCAGGAAAGAUGGCCUGGGUUUCACAUGAAUUUCCCAUAUCGACAAUAAUGUUUCCCAGCAUCUCUCAUCUCUUGCUGAGGUUAAUUUCCAACAGCUGAGUCUUAUGCAUUCUGCAUUUAACAUCCGUGUUUAUCAACUAGUAGUAAUGGUUCUGAUUAUAUUUGCUUAAACGGAAGUUAACAACCUCUCAUUCCUUAUGGCCUUCUCUCCCCAUCCUGACUCAUAUGGAGGCUGAGCAGCAACCAGAUCACAUCCGAUGAACAGAAACAAAUGUUAAGCAACUUGUCAUCUCACUCCUGAUUUACGUAUGCUAAUUGUCUCUUCAAAUACGCCAGAAAACAUUAGCAGUGUAAUUAACUUAGCCGUGAUCCCCAUGAUGAAAAAGCAAAUUCUCCUGUGGGAAAUUACUGUGCUCUUUUCUGUACGACUUAUCAUCAAAUAAGUCUCGAAUUCAUUUCUCUAGAUAGAUCUUUAUAAGUUAGUCAUUGGUGAUUAUGAUGAGCCAAUUUGCAGACUGUAAUCUAAAAAUUUUGAACGGCUUUCUAAUUGUUUUCUUAGCUACAUAAUUGCAUACCACUGAGCAAAUGUACCUUCUUCUCAGCAGAAACAGUUAGCAUCCAUGUUCUGAAUUCUAACAAUGCUAAGUUAUGCUCAAGUCUGGGAAGUUCAUCUGGAGUUAAUGGCAUCUCAGUGGGCAGGCAUCCUUCCUACCCCUCAGGCUUCAGAUGAGGAGGUGGAAGUCCCAGAGCCACUGCAGAGAUCAGCAAGUUUUUACCAAAGUAAACCCAGUUCUGGAUGGCCUUGGCAUUGUGCAAAGUGGAGUGACAAAUUUCAGUAUCCCUCUCCUUGGCUCCAUAACUGUCAGUGUAGCAGCACAGUCAGUAGGAGCGUAGAUAGAGCAAUGCACUAGCCACCGAGUGACUGAGCAAAUGAACUGAGUCUCGGAAUCAGUCAUGGCUCCUUGCUGAAUGUUUUCUGGUCUUCAGGGAGCCCUGCAUGUGCUGCAGCGUGCAUGCUAAGAAAGUAACUACAGCAGAAAAUACAAAAAUACUUUUAAAGUUGGUUAGGGCCUUCUUUUUCAGGUGUUAGCAGGAAAAGGGGGGAGAUGCUUAUCUGUGAAUGUUAUAGGUUCUUAAAAAAUGCACCACAAAAGAUGAGUACCAGGAUGAGUAAUAGAAGUAGUGUGGCUUUAUUUGAUGAAAACAAUGCUGCAAAUGGUUCACAAUAAUGAUCAAAAUAUAAUGGGCUCUAAUUUAAAUGUUAUUUAAUAGUAUAGAUUUUUAACUGAGAAUUAUCUUUUAGUAGAGGUAAUCACAAAGUGCAUUAACUCUUGUUGGAAUAUUUUGUGGCUAUUCCAAAGUAUAGAGUGCCUAAAUUUUAUGUUGAAAAUGUCUUUCAUGACUGGUAUUAAGUUUUCUGAAAUUACACCUGGCUUUUGAAAUUUUUUAUCGUAUUCCAACAUACGCAGUGUUGUUAGAAAUUGUCUUUCAGUGCAUGAGAACCUAUCAGCCUCAGAACGUCCUAUGUUAAUUGUAUCUGCAAGAACAUCUCAAGCAGCUAAGAAGAAAUAAAGCCCAAAUAAAACUUGAAAAUGCACCUUAAAAUAUAUAUAUAUAUACUUUUGAAAUGUGAUUCUGCUUGAUUUUGAUGGAAUGACCAUUAAAUAGACAUUUUUAAGUAAUA